AUGGUUGACUCGCGGCGCGCAAGAACGUCGUCCCCGGCUGACGACGUCGCGGCCGGCGCUACGACGGUGGCGGACCCGGUGCGUCGGCAGGCGGUGCUGGGUCUGGUGGUGCCGGGCCUGCUCUUCCUCAUCGCCGGCACGGUGUGCGCCUUCUACGCCUUCCUCGUGGGAGUGUCGCUCGUCGCGUUCGGCGCACUCUUGCUGCUGCUGCCGGCGGCCGUGUGCCGCAUCCUCAAGUCGCUGCCCGGCCAGGAGGAUCCUGAACACGGACACAGAAAAAAGGAGAGCCAGCGGAACAUCGCGCGCGAUCACCGGCCGGCCUACGGAUCCCGGUACUCCGCCGCCUACGUGAACCCCGCCUUCGAGCCCAAGGAGGCCAUGGUGGAGGACGACGACAACUGCUCGGGCUACGCACGCGUCAGCUCCAUCAGCUGCAGCAGUCUACACCAGGGCCUGUACAAGCCGACGUCGCAGAAGCCGUGCCACCUCAAUGGCGCGCCGCCGCGCAAGUACGCCAGCACCAACAGCCUGGCAGCGGAGUUGCACGAAGCGUGCCGUUACCAGCGCGGCGGCGGUGCCAGGGAUCCCGCGAGACCAGUAAGCCACGGCUUCCGGCACAUAGAGUUCAACCCCGAGUCGCCUCGCUUCGGAGAACAGCCCCCGAGAUACUCGACCGUCGUCCGAGAGAGUCCGCUGAUUUAGCGCGUGCAUGACACGACGCGCGC